UAGAGGAAGUAUUUUGCCGCGGUAUUCGGUAGUAGGGAAUGAAGGCGUUAAUUGAGAAGUGUACAUCAGAAAAAAAUACACAAGAUAAUUGGGAUUUAAUUUUAGAAAUUUGUGAAAAAUACGCUAGACAAGAGCCAGCAAUUUGUAUUCAAGCAAUAUGUAAAAGAAUAUUUCAUAAAAAUCCAAAUGUUUCUAUACGAUCUAUAACAUUAUUAGAUGCAUGCAGUAAAAAUUGUGGUAAACAAUUUAAUAGAGAAUUAGCUUCUAAAGAUUUUUCACAAUUAAUUAAAAAGAAUUUUUCAAGUUUACAACGUAUACCAUCUAUUAAAUUAAUUGAAAUAUUUGAAAAAUGGUCAGAUGAAUUUAAAAAUGAUUCUGAAUUAGCUUUAGCAGCUAGUUUUUAUAAUUGGGUUAAAACUGAAUAUCCAGAUCUUGUGAAACAAGCAAUGGAUGAAAAACAGAUAGUUAAACAUGGUCAUUCACGCCAACAUGUUGCACAACUACAGGCUAAAGAAGAAGAAGAUUUAGCACAAGCUAUUGCUUUAUCACUGAAAGAUACUAACAGUUCGACGCCAUCCCAUCUAAACAAACAAUCUGUUUCCACUUCAAAUGAGAAGUCUAGUUUAUAUCCUUCCUGCUCUCAACUUCCAUUUAGUUCACUUUCAACUUAUUCAACACCAGCAUCAUCAUCAUCAAAUGCCUCUAAAACAACUGCUCCUCGCAAUUCAAAGGGACAGGUAAGAGCACUGUACGACUUUGAAGCAGCUGAAGACAAUGAAUUAUCAUUUAAAGCUGGAGAGCUUAUCCUACUCUUAGAUGAUUCCGAUGAGAACUGGUGGCUUGGAAGCAAUAAUCAAGGUCAAGGUUUAUUUCCUGCUCAAUUUGUCAAACGUGAAAUUGAACUUGAUGGAGUAAAUAAUGUCGAAUCAGGUUCAAGCGAAGCUUCUCACAAUACAGAUGUUAAAAAAAACCAACCUACCAAGAAAAUUGUCCCCCAACUUGAUGAGAAAAAAAUCGAUGAAUGUUUACGUUUAAUUACAACUGUAGAUCCUACUGGUGAAUUUCAACAAGAUCCACCAGAAUUAAGUCAACUUGAAGCAGAAUGUGUAGCAAUGGUCCCACUUGUUGAUCCUGAAUUAAAAUUAGUUGAUAAAGAAAUUAUUAUGCUUACAGAAUUAAAUCAACGUUUAUUAGAUGCAUUUCAAUUGUAUCAUGAUAUCAUGUCACGUCAGAAUCCAUCAAAUGCUUAUUAUACCGGAAUGUCCAAUACUAUCGCUAACACCACGACCAACCCAAUAAAUCCAACAAUUCCUUACUUACCACCAAAUAUAUAUCCAUACACUCAGCCAACAUCGUCGAUGACUAAAUCUGCAUCUGCAGUACCUAUGAAUGGAUUCACUAUGCCAACAGAUUUGAAUGGAACUGUGAUGUUCCCUCCUACUGACUCUUAUCCUAUGUCAACUGGAAUUUAUGCAAAUCCACAAACAGAAAAUUUCGGUGGUAAUCUUCCUCAAAAUCUUCAUAGUGGUCAAGCAUCAUCUCAACCCUUUCCUGUACAGCAGUUUUAUGGAUCAAAUCAAAUAGUACCUCCCGAUGUUAUUACACAACAAAUGCAAUCAUAUUCGUCUGGUAGUAACAAUUAUGGAGUUCCAAAUUAUUCAAUGAAUGAGUCUCAAUCUAUGGUGUAUACAGACCAAUCAAACAACACCCUCUCAACUCAGAGAAAACAAUAACAACCGUAGGUCUCAUCUAGUUUCAUUUUAAAAAAUGCUAGGAAUCCUGAUAAUCAAUUACAUAUGAAAAUGAAAAAUAUUCUAUCAAGACGGAUUCUUUUUACAAAAGAAAAGCUUCAUUCCUUCGAUAUAAUAAACAAAUGAUUCUCUUUUAUAAACAAUACCUUAACAGUUAAGCUCUAAUAAACUUUAACCGUUUUCAAUUUGUCUUUCAUUCUCAACUACUACUCAAUACUACUAGUAGUAGUAGUAGUUCAUCUGUUUGUUUAUUUUUUUUCCCAGUAUACAUCUAUCAAAUUAACUUCAUCCUAUUAUUUGUGAUUUAAUUAAAUAUAAUUAUUAUAAAUAA